UCUCCUGCCUGAGGAUCAUGGGGAGACGGGUGAAGUGUUUGCUCUAGGUCUGUUCACGCUCUGGGACAACCGUCUUCUUCCUAGAAAGACCGUGCUACAGUAAUUUCAACCAUCCAUAGGCGUUAAACGAUGGACAGCAGUCGCGAGGAUGAAGAGGAUGAUGUGCCUGUGGUUCCCACGAGGUCCUCCGGCCGCACUACAGGAAAGGCGGAGGGCUCCCCGGCGGUCCCGUUUCCAUCGCCACUUGCGCCCGCAGAAAGCCAGCCAAAAUCGCAGCCCAACGUCAGGCCGACGCGAAGCAAGAAGCUCCUCCGCAGGGUUGUCGGUCGGCCAUGCCGAGGAGAUCGAUCACGCAACCGCUGCCGGCGCAACCGCCCGAGAACCAACACCGUCGCCGAAACGACGACGGAGAUCGGCUAGACAGGGGGGGCAACAUGGUCACCUGCUGGUCCAGGAGAGGGCUGGCCAGGGAAGCUGCGAGCGGGAAGAGGUGAUGUUGGAGGAGGAAGAGGAGGAGGAGGAGGAGGAGGAGGAGGGAGCCCCGACGGUGGCGGCUAUCCCGAGGAAUAGGCGGGAGAAGCGGAAGGGGGGGCGAGCGCGCGGUGCGCAGGAUGCGGGCGACUUGAAGUGUGGCGAUGUACAACAAGGAGAGGAGUGGAGAGUGGUAACGAGCGUUGGUGCUGAUGGAGGUAUCGACUGCGAGGGUGGGGGCGACGCACAGGGGCAGGGGUGUGCGCUACUGCCUCACGUAUUGGAAGGACAGGUGCUGUCGACCCCUGCGACGGGGGAAGAGACGAAGACGAAGGGGAAAGGGAAGGGGAAGGGGAAGGGAAGAGCAAAGGCACAAGCGAACGGAACUCCAGCAGCUACGCCGAAGGCAAAACAAACGACAAAGCGGAGAUCCGGGCGGGGAAGCUCUGCCGAUACUAACGCCAACAUGUCGGACUCGUACAGCGACAACAGUGACGGAGGGGCCGGUGACAGCCCGUGCAGCACCCCAAUCCGUAGGAGGCCCCGCAGCACUCGACACCAGACGAGGGCAUCGGCAGAGUGGUAUACUCACCCUCUUCCCCCUCCGACCACGCUGGAAGAGCCCCUGGUGAUCGACAGCGAUGAUGACGACGUUCGAGCUGUUCCAGCCGCCCAAGGCGCCGCCAGUGCCGAUAAGCCUUCCCGAGUGGUGACGAUGGUUUGUGACGAUGAUGACGGUGCUGGUGGGGUGCGGCGGGAUAGCAGCUUUGUCGCCACCGACUUCGGCGACGGCUUGAUAGAGCUACGCACCCGCAAGGAGCGGCAAGGAGCCCCACCGGGCAUCCAGAAAGUCCGGUUGUCGUGGGCCGUCGCUUUCCUGCGAGAAGAGUGUAUUCGCUCCGUACCCCACAAGAGUCGCGUGAUCUUCCCGAACAAGGAUACCACGGGAGCGGUGCAGGUGACCCGGUCUGACGUCAUCCGCCUGGAAGAGAAUGUGUUCCUGAACGACACCAUCAUUGACUUCUACCUCAGGCAAGCGUAUCUUCUCUCUCGGGAAGACAGCUUUGCGGAAGGCUUGGCACCAAGUUCGGUCCACGCCUUCAGCCCCUUGGUGGUGCAGGGUAUCACCAACGUCGCUGAUGCUGCGGACCCGGACACCUACUGGCGAAAAGUCCAGAAAUGGACUAAAGGGCUGGACCUGUUCAGCAAAAAGAUCGUGCUCUUCCCCAUCAACAGCGCGCUGCACUGGAGUCUCCUUGUGCUCAUCAACCCGGACCUUUUCGAGAAAAGAGUGAACCAGAAGGAAAAGGAGAAGGAAAAAGGGAAGGAAGAAGGAAAGGAAGAAGGGAAGGAAAAUGACAAGGACAAGGACGCCGCCGCCGCCCGCAAGAAAACCACGGCCCUCACCGCCGCCGCAGCCGCUGCCGCCGCUGCGGCUGAAUCAACGAACUCCGCGAAAAUGAAGGCAGGGAAAAACAAUAGGGCUGAGACCGGAGCCAACGCUGGCGCCGAGAGUGGUGAUGGCGGCGGCGGCAGCAGCAGCAGCACCCAGAGCUCGACGGUUUCGCAUACCGAAGGAGGUCGUUUCCAGGAGGACGACGACGACGACGACGAGGAGAUGCCGCAGGCAGCUUCGCCAUCCCGCGACGCCGCUAGCCUCGCCGCCGCGGCAAGUGCAGGGGCAGCAAUGCCUUCUUCGCCUCCUCCGUGCGAAAGCGAGUCCCUCAGCCAGGCCUCGCCGUUGCCGAGCGGAGGCAAGGCCAUGGGGUGGCCCCCAUCCACGGAAAUACAGCGGCACAGCAUAUCGCUCUUGGACAACUGUUCUGGUGGCGCCGAUGCCGGUCCUACUGGCAACGUUUCUUCUUCUGUUUCUUCUUCGACAGCAACCAGGAUGGGGCGAAACUGCCCCCGCCAUGCCUCCGGAAUUUCUGAGGCAGAGGCCGGUGGCGGCGGAGGCGGCGGCGGCGGUGGUGCCUGCAUCAGGAGUGGAAGAGGGUGGUCACUUCACGGGGCGGCGUCGCAGCCCGGGGAAGCGAGCGCGGUAGCCAUGGGAGAGGGUGGCGGCAGUGUUACGACGGCGGGUGAAUCGGACAACCGGCAGAACGUGGAGAGCCUUCCCGUGGAGAUGGACAUGGAGAUGGAGUUGGAGGUCGAGGAGGAGGACCAGCUCCCUUCGCGUGCUGGUGAGAUCGUCGGUGGCGGAAGGACAAGGUUGUCAUCAUCAUUGUCACCGGCAUCGCCAUCGGCAACCGUUUCGCGAGGAUACGCGCCACCGAUGCCUGGAUUUGCAUCUGGGUCACCUACUGCACCUGGAUCGGCCACAUCCACCCCCGUAGAAGCACUGGACGUUGAAGCCUCAAAGGGAUCCCUCUACGAUGGGCCGGAAUCGGUGCUAUCGCCAUCGCCACCACCGCUAGGACGAGAAACGAAGGGCUCCCCUGCAAUCGUGGCAGACAGCCGAAGAGAGGGGAGAUGGAACCAGCCUUCCCCCAGCUCGCCCAUGUCCCCGAGCAGCCCGCCUUGUGCCGGGCCCCCCGGAGAACGGUCGGGGGCAGCGGUGGCUGGAGGGUCUCAGCCUAGUCCUGGGAGUGCCGACGCGGGCGACAGGCCCGGCCGAGAAGACUCACAUCGCCGCCGCCGCCGUCGCCGCUCCCCCGACCCGACGGCCGGUGGGUUGGACACCACGAUCGCGGGUCGCACCACUGUUCGGCGUCGGAGUGUUGGUGUUGGUGCUCGCCGGCAAGAAAUGCCGACGGCAGCACAGCCCCAAGGGACCAGCGGACCAAUCGACGUGGAUGCCUUGCCGUCGAAUGACGAGCCCGGGCCGGCGAGCGGAGAGCCCGAGCCAGCGGUGGACGUGGAGGCGUUGUCGUCGAACGGACCGCCGGCUGCGGAUUAUGAAGCGGAGGAGGAGGAGGAGGAAGAAGAAGAAGAAGCGGAAGAUGAAGAGGAGGAAGAGGAAGAAGUGGCGGAGUGCUCGUUGCUGUCGAUGUUCAGUAGUUGUCGCGGCAGGGGCACGGCGGCGAGAGGUGCGGCGGCUGUGGCUGCCGGGGCGGAGGUUGUGGACCUAGCGCCGCCGUCGGCAGGCGAGGACGGUAGCAGCAGCAGCAGCAGCAGCGGCAGCAGUAGCAGCGGGCGCGAGAAAGGGGCAGGGGAAGAUGUGGAUAGCGACGGCGGCGGCGGCGGCGGCGGCUGUGUGCCGGAAAAUCCGGCCCCGCCAGGGGGUAGUGAAGGGACGGAGUGGAGAGUGCCCAGAACAGCCGGCCAAAAGGUUGAUCGUAAGGGUCGUUCGCAGCCAGCACGCGCAACGUCAUCAUUACGAUUGCGCUCUGUCCCCUGUGGGGCCAGUGCUGCCGCUGCGUCUGCUGCUGCUGCCACUUCUGCCGCGGCAGAUGCACCGGACGCAUCUUGCACGCGAGAAGCAGAGGCGCUGCGCAGCGAUGCCGCUAUUGUUGCGCACGCCGAAGUACGGGAUCUAAAGGCACUCGGCAGCAAUGCCGUCGCUGUUGUUGCGGAAACCGGACUCGAUCGACUCCGGACAAGGGCAGGGUCGACUCGAUCGAGGAGGCCACUAUCACGAUCGACAAACGGCAGUGGUUGCAAGGCAACGCAGCUGCCUCUGACUCACGAACAUUCACCUCCAGACAGCAUUAAUGGCGACGGGAAACGGCCGACCACGUAUGGGGGCGUCGCAGUUGGGCAGGAGCCGGGGGGCGGGGAAGGCGUGGCGGACGUUGGUGCGGCGGGCCUGAGCUCCUCACCGCUGGACGGAGAUUUGGACGGCGGGGAGGGGGCAGCAGGGGCCGAAGAGGUAGUGGAUGAGUCACCCAUCCCGUGCAUGCUGCUGCUGGACUCCACCAAGGGACAUCGGUCUCAGGAGGUCUUCAGGAUGGUUCGCAAGUACGUCGAAGCCGCCUGGAACAACACCCACGGGAAGAGCAGCGGGAGGAAGAGCAAGGUCGACGUCACCGCCAAGCUGCUAGGCGGCUGCAGCCCACCGAUACCUCAGCAGACGAACGAUUGCGACUGCGGCGUGUAUGUGAUCCACUACGCAAAGCUCAUCCUCGAGAAGCCUCCCCUCACCACUCAAAGGUUCUUGGACAGGAAGGGCAAGGGCGGAAUUUUCAGCAAGAAGUGGUUCGACAGCAGCGUUAUCAGCGCCACCCGCAAAACCAUCAGGGACACGGUAGAGACCCUGAGAUGGGACUGCUUGGAGAAGGAGAGAAGCGCCGCUGCCGCUGCUACUAGUUAGCCGGUGCCGCUGAUGUAGCCGGGACUAACGCUAAUGAUAACCGUGCGGUUGAGAUCCUCCCCGUAGAAUGGCUGGCCCUGCAUGAUUUUUCCCGCGUACUGUAGGCGCGAGAUUGCGAAGUACGUGGUCGAGAUAAUUUUUUAUCUGUUCAUUCCUGUAAUAUUUGUGUGUUUCCUUUGCCUUGUUGUGCUUGUUGAGGUCGCGGAAUCUGUUUCUCUUGAGUGGUGUUCUGGUCGUUUUUGCUGUGGAAGCUGCGGCCAAAGUGCGAGAGGGUCUUGUUUUACGUUCAAGUGCUGUUGUUGUUGGUUGGCUUUAUCCGUUCCACAUUUCGUAGCAGGCGCUGCCUACGACUUUGUCUACCUUGAGGCAAAGGCGCAAACAGACCAAGUAUCUACAGCACUACGUUGGUUAGUCUACGGCGUCGGGUUUUGUUGUGGUCGCCCCAGCCACGGCCGUUUUUCUUUCGAACUUGGAGGUUAAUGCUAACGUGUGGGACAUUCGGGUAGACUCUAUGCGUGAUGGUAUGUAUGUAUGCAUGUGGUACUUAUACCGGUGCUACAGAUAAUGGCUCUUGAGUGCGCUGCAAUAACUUCCUUGUUCUUCACUGAUUCGUUAACGCUUAUAUUACGUUUCUCUAGUCC